GUCCCUUUUUCUUCUUUGCACAGAAGUCGCGCUCGGGCAGCCCGCGCGCUCGCAGCAGAAAGCAGGUCCAGGCGCUGGCGCCGGGGCCGCGGGGAGGAGGCGACUUCGCUCCCUGCGGCGGGCGCGGCCCGGGCGCCCAGAGCCUCUCGGGCCCGGAGAGCGGGCGGCGGCGGCCUCCCCGGAGCGGUAGGCAGCACUGAUCACUCCACCACUUGCAGAGGUCACCUAGCUGCCUUCCUGUGGAGUCCUGCCUGGGCCUGAGCGGCAAACUGGACAAGAGGCCCCGCGAUUGAUGUGUUUGCCUUGGGAGUUGGUGCCAAGGUGAAACGGAAGGCGAACAUGGGUCAGAAGGUCACCGGAGGGAUCAAAACUGUAGACAUGAGGGACCCCACGUACCGGCCCUUGAAGCAGGAGCUGCAGGGCCUGGACUACUGCAAGCCCACCCGCCUGGACCUGCUGCUGGACAUGCCCCCCGUGUCCUACGACGUCCAGCUGCUCCACUCGUGGAACAACAACGACCGCUCGCUCAACGUCUUCGUGAAGGAGGAUGACAAGCUGAUCUUUCACCGGCAUCCGGUGGCCCAGAGCACGGACGCCAUCAGGGGCAAAGUUGGGUACACACGGGGACUGCACGUGUGGCAGAUCACGUGGGCCAUGAGGCAGCGGGGCACGCAUGCCGUGGUUGGGGUGGCAACAGCCGACGCCCCCCUGCACUCCGUCGGGUACACGACCCUCGUGGGGAAUAACCACGAGUCCUGGGGCUGGGACUUGGGGCGUAACCGGCUCUACCACGACGGCAAAAACCAACCAAGCAAAACAUACCCAGCCUUUCUGGAGCCGGACGAGACGUUCAUUGUGCCCGACUCCUUCCUGGUGGCUCUGGACAUGGACGACGGGACCCUGAGCUUCAUUGUGGAUGGACAGUACAUGGGAGUGGCUUUUCGGGGACUGAAGGGCAAAAAGCUGUAUCCUGUCGUGAGUGCCGUCUGGGGCCACUGUGAGAUCCGCAUGCGCUACUUGAACGGACUCGACCCCGAGCCCCUGCCGCUCAUGGAUCUGUGCCGCCGAUCCGUGCGCCUGGCCCUGGGGAAGGAACGUCUGGGUGAGAUCCACACGCUGCCGCUGCCGGCCUCCCUGAAGGCGUACCUCCUCUACCAGUGACACUCUGCCCAGGACCGACAGCGCAACAGCCACAUGGUGCCAGCUCACCGAGCCACCGCCACACCCUGUGCCUUGGACGGGCGUCCUCUUCGUCCUGCCUGGCUGCUCCCCUUCCUGACAUUGGUGGGAGCUCCCCGCAUGGCACAUCACAGCCCCUUCCUGGACAAAGACACAAAAUAAACUCCUAAGAAGUCCGGCACUGAGCUCCAAUCUGCUCUGCUCUCGGGGUGGCGUGGGUACCCCCCCACACACAACCUGCUGGGAGGGGCUCCGGCACCGAGAGCAGCUCCCAGGGGUGCUAAGAGGUGCUUAGACAAGGAGCCAUGCCUCGGAGACGAAGCUCAGGAUGUCAGAAACCCACCGUGGACACCGAGGCAGAAACCGGAACUGGACCGUCCGCAGGCACAUGAACACCCAGCAUCAGUCCUGGCUGCCAGCGCCCCCGUCCCCUGUAUUUAUUCUUUUAACAAUAACAAAAGCCAUUUAUUUAUUCCAUUUAGAAAGGGACCUUGUUUUGGUCGCCUCUCUGGAGUGUUCUGUUGUUUUUAUUCCACCUGCCCCUCCCCGGCAUGUGCGUGCCUCACCUGUCAUCCUCGCUGGGCUGUGGAUGUGCUGUGUCCUCACAUGGGCACAGGUGUCUUUGUUUGACCUGCAGUUUCCAGGGGGCUCUGCUCUGUGUUCCUGAGCGGGCCCCUCCGGGAGCUUUAGCCUCAUGUGCAGUAUGAGUGUCCUGGGGGUCACGGCUCCGGGGCUGGGACAGCUCCCAUGUCUCCGCCUAGUUACACUUGGGCUCGUACAUCUUUGCACGUGGUUUCAUUUCUUCAGUCUUCCAUGGGGUUUUAGGUGUGGGUUUGGUUUUGCUUUUGCCUUCCUAGCCGAUUAUCUCCCACGCGUGUCCACAGAAGCCCUGGGGACCACCAAACCAAGAAGGGAUGAUGAGUGGGUCUCCGUCCCCUGAUAUGCCAAGGAAGGGCAGGGCAGGGUGGGGAAGACCAGCGUGGAGUCAGGCCGCCUAGUGCUGAGUUCAUCACAACCCCCCCAGAGCCAGAGGGGCGGGGUGAGGUGGGGCGGGGCAGCCAGCAGGAGAGGGACGUCUCCCCCUGCCACAGCUCCCCCACGUAGCAGACCCCUGCACCCUGCCACCACGUUUGCCAUUUCUUUCUUUUAGAGUCUGAUUUCAGUUCAUUUCUGUACAGGUACAAUAGAUGACUUUAUUUGUUUAAAAUGUUUAAUAUAUAUGCGUAUAUAUUUGUCCGUAAGAAUUAUGUUUUAAACAGCUGCUGUAGGGUACCUUAAAAAAAAAAAAGCCUUCCAAUGGAGUAUAUUUUUUAAAGCACAAAAUUGGUGCCAAGACUGGGUGAGGAAUGUAACCUACCACCUUAUUAUUGUGAGGUGUUUUUUGUUGUUGUUUUCAGGCGGGGGAACCUUACCUGUUAGACUUUGAAAGACUUUCCUCACUCCUAUUUCGGGGUGGGUCAUACUCGGAUGAAUGUUGCACAGGAGAUGAGAGAGUUUCACUUACACAGCCUUUCCGCCUUGACCCAGCGCCUUCCGCGGACGCUGGAUGGAUCACCGGGCUCUGUCAUCUCUCUGCACCUCCCGCGCCCCCAGCUCUCCGGACCCUCAACCCCGCCCCACUCGCAGCCCAGAGCCCUGUGGCCUGUACAGUUUUGAAACUCCCAUUCUAUUUUAUGAUGGUUGCUAAUAGUCAAUAACCUAAUAAAGGAAAGUUUAUUAAAAUAAAAAGCCACUUUUG